AUGGUUGCUAAACAAAUUCCCAACAGUCACUGCACAGUGCGACCGGUGUAUCUGGAUUGUCAUCUUGACUUCAGACCGAUCAAGCGUAAAACUUCACUCGAAUUACUUCCGAAUGAGGUUUUGGCUGAAAUAUUUUCCUACUUGAUCCCCAAAGAAAGAACAAUUGAUACCGAAUUUCCGGAGGACCUCGAGAUCAACCAGCGAAUUGACUACCAUCGUGACCACAAUGAGCGCAAUACACACUCUCCACGGCCCGACUCUAAUCCACUGAAUAUCAUGGCCACCAGCUCGCUUUUCUACCAAAUCGGCCGUCAACAUCCCACGUUCAAACGCCGCUCCUACUUUGCCAUAAUCUCGCCCAAGGCAAUCAAAUUCGAAGGUCAUACAGACCGUUCCCUGGAACGUCUCCAAGGCACAAUGCCCCUCUUGCAAAACCUCAAGCUUGUCUUGGACGUGGGGGACUGGGGUGUCAACAUGAGAGAUGGGCAUGUCAACCGAUUUCUUAGCAAUUACGAACUGUUCUUCAGAAGGUUCGGCGGAGCUCGAAUGACUAUGCGCGCAGGAAGGCUUCAACUACGACUACAGGGUAACUUCGCCUGCGAGGAGGAUGAAGAGGUGGAGGUCCCUGACUGUCUACAGGAAUUAGGCGAUCAUUGUGUGGAGGCUUUGAUUUCUGGUCGAGAAGAGGACUUGGAAGGUGUUAUGCAGUGGUGGGACGAUACGUGGAUGGACGGAGGUGAGGGCGAAAGUCGCCCAGAAGGAGGCAUGGCUGCGUGGGGACGAUGUGUACGGAAUGUUCAGAUGGCGGACUUUUUCAGGUUGCUGGCUAGGUUCUUGUACAGUGAAUGA